UCUGGUCUGCUGCUCGUGAUACUCUCAAAAUAUUUUUUAGCAGAAUGCUUUUGUUAAUCUAAGUUUCCUGUCCACGACUCUUUGAUGGCUGUUUCUACCCUAAAAGCAGUUCUCGUUUCUGUCAUAUUGCAUUUUUUCAUAUCAGAAAUUUCGGCUAUCGAAGCCAAAAUUGUCCAAGUUAGCUAUGAAUGGAAUGCUUCCACUGCAGAUAGUUCUCCUGCAGAUCGCAUUGGACUUAUUGGAGAUGCAAUUUUUGACUCUGAAAAUAUAUUACAACUUACAAAUGAUGUCAGGGGUUUAAACGACGGAUCUGCAGGGGGGUUGAUAUAUAAUGAAACGAUUCCUCUAUUGGACGCUUCUACUAAAGCUGUUGCCAACUUUACCACACAUUUUCAAUUUCGAUUCAAUUGGACUAACAAAAGCACUGAUAGUAUUAAAGAUUAUGGUGGGAGUGGAAUUACCUUUUACAUGGCGCGUAAAGAAUCGGAUUACAGUAUGUCAUUCAGAGGCAAAGGCGCAUAUAUUGGCCUUUUUAAUAGUGAAAAUGACGGGAACUCAUCCAACAAAGUUGUUGCUGUUGAAUUCGAUACAUAUAAAAAUAGUCCGUGGGAUGCAGACGGUAACCACAUUGGAAUUGAUGUCAACACAAUCAGGUCAUCAGCCACCCUUCCUCUAGAUCACAGAUUGAAUGGGGGUGAAAUAUGGACUGCUCGGGUAGAUUACGAAGGCCGAGAAAAUGUGUUGGAAGUUCUUGCUUCGUGCAGAUGCAACGGCAAAGGACCAUGGAAAUUGUCACAUAGAAUAAAUUUGACACAGUAUCUUCCGGAGGAUAUUGUGGUGGGAUUUUCUGCAGCAGCAUACGAGUCAAGUGAGAGUCACGAACUGAUCUAUUGGAACUUCACCAACACCAUUUAUAAAUCUUUGAAGGGUGGAGGGAAAAAGGAAUUCCCAUGGAAAGUAACUAUAGCAAUCGGUUUUCCAAGUUUGAUUAUAACUAGUUUGAUCUCCUUUAUCAUCUAUUAUAAAAAGCGAAGCAGAACAACAUCUGAAAACAUGGAAGACCUGCAAGGGUCAGAUAUGGAGGUAGAUGCAGAUAUAGAGAUGGCGUUGGAUCAUAUUCCCCGUAAAUUUACCUACGGGGAGCUCUGCACGGGUACUAAUAAUUUCAGCGAAUCCUGCAAGCUGGGACAUGGCGGCUUCGGCGAUGUCUACAAAGCCAUUUUAGUGCAAUCAGAUGAAAUUGUGGCAGUAAAACGCAUAUCCGCGGGAUCAAGGCAAGGGAAAAAGGAAUAUCUUGCAGAAAUAAGCACAAUCACCCGUCUGCGGCAUCGCAAUUUGGUUCAGCUGUUGGGUUGGUGCCAUGAAAAAGCCCGGCUUAUGUUGGUCUACGAAUAUUUGCCUAAUGGAAGUCUAGACAAUUUCCUUUUCGGAAAAAGAAGAGGAGAGCUAGAUUGGGGGCGCAGGUACAAAAUUGCCUCUGAUAUAGCCUCUGCGCUUCUUUACCUUCAUGAGUUGUGGGAUGAAUGUGUGGUGCACAGAGACGUUAAGUCAAGCAAUGUUAUGCUGGAUUCAGAAUUCAAUGCGAAGCUUGGGGAUUUCGGAUUGGCAAGGCUGGUGAAGCAUAACCAAUGGUCCCAAACCUCCACUAUAGCAGGAACUCUCGGGUACCUGGCCCCUGAAUGUGCAGUCACAGGAAUCUCCAGCUCAGAAUCAGACGUCUAUAGUUUUGGCGCUGUUGCCUUGGAAAUCGCCUGCGGAAAGCGAGCCCUUGAUUUCAGCCUGGGAGAAUCAGUGAUACGCCUUGUGGAGUGGGUGUGGGAUUUAUAUGGGCAAGGAAGAUUGUUUGACGCAGCUGAUAGCAGACUAAAUGGAGAGUUCGACAGGGCAGAAAUGGAGACGCUGAUUAUGAUAGGACUAUGGUGCUCGCAUCCAGAUCCUUUUACCAGACCCAAAAUAAGGCAAGUCCUCCAGCUCUUAAACUUUGAAGUACCUCUGCCUAGCCUUCCACACACGCUGCCUACAGCAGCAUAUUCUACUCUGGGAAAAGGCUCUUGCUUUGACACUACAUCAGAUAUUUCUCGACCAGUUGGGUCUAGUUCGCAGGAGAUGAGCUUGUUUUCAAGCUCUGCAGCUUCUUCUUCUACUCUGGCGUCUGCAUCGAACAUUUCAAGCAUCUCCAAAUAAUAGCAAAAGGUUUUCCUCAACAUUAGUUUUAAUUUCUAAAGAAUUAGAUAAUUGGGCUUUUCUUGUACAUAUAAGGUAUUGUAAUCAUGGCCGCAGUUAGACAUAGGCAAAUAGUUGUAUGUCUCGCAGUACAAUAUUUCUUCUUUCGCAACCUAUGUCAAAGUACAAGCGGUCUGAUACAGCAGCUCGCUUAUUAUGUUGUGUAAUAGGGUGAAAUAUGUUUUCUUUGAAUUGUAUGUGUCAGCGGAAAAUUGGACUAUAUGAUAUUAAGAGUAGGUUUUAGGAUCUUUUAUUUGCUGUAAGGGUGUUCUAUUAUUGAGUUCCUUUUAUCUUUUUAAUAAUCAGUCAGAGGGUGUUUUAUUUUUCAACAUCUCAAUUGGGCAACAUUGAAGGAGGGGAUUUUAACUCCUGAUGGUUUUGUGGACUGGGCUUUAAUAUUGUGA